AAGCCGGGUAUAAAUAGGUGGUGUGGCUGGAGUACGAAUUUAUGUUGGUUAAUCCCGUUGGAGAAGGACAGAUUUAAUCAUGAGAACCCUUAUAGCUGUAGCAUUCCUGUUGGCAGGAGUGGCGAUUGUUGCCCAUUGCGCAAACGUGGCGAAAAAUCACACUCGUCAACAAAAUGAGAUGUGGAUCACUGCCGUCGAGCAUGGCAGGUCAUCGUUUCAUGCCAACCCUGCGGGUUACCAAGUCUACAGGAAUGUCAUGGAUUUCGGUUGCGUCGGAGAUGGCGUGGUUGAUGACACGGCAUGUAUUAACACGGCAAUCAGUAGUGGAGGCAGGUGUGGCCAGGGGUGUGGUUCUUCCACGAUUCUGCCCGCUCUGAUCUAUUUUCCAUCAGGGACGUACUUGGUAUCUUCACCAAUUAUUAUGUACUACUUUUCCCAGCUCGUUGGAAAUGCAAAUAAUCCACCCACACUUGUCGCCGCUCCAAAUUUUGGUGGAAUGGCUGUGAUUGAUUCUAACCCUUACGGUGAUGGUGGGAAUAAUUGGUACACAAAUCAGAACAAUUUCUUCCGACAAGUUCGAAACUUUGUUAUUGACUUGACAAGAACUCCCUCAGCGAGUGCAACCACAGGAAUUCAUUGGCAAGUUGCACAGGCCACCUCGCUCUUUAAUAUCCGAUUUGUCAUGAGUAGAACCCUGGGAACGCAGCAUCAAGGAAUCUGGAUGGAGAAUGGUAGUGGAGGAUUCAUGUCUGAUCUCAGAUUUGAAGGUGGAAAGUACGGCAUGUGGGUUGGAAAUCAGCAAUUUCUAAGCAGAGCGUUGGAGUUUGAUGGGUGCGAUACGGCGGUGUACAUGAAUUGGAAUUGGCAAUGGACCUUCAAAGACUUAACAAUUUCCAACUGUCGAAUCGGUAUUGACAUGUCUGCCCUAGGAGAUCAAGUCACUUCCGGAGUUGGUUCAAUUCUCCUCAUGGACUCGACGAUUAGCAAUACUCCAAGCGGUGUGCUUCUAAGAGCUUUCCCCGCACCCCAUGUGGGAGAUACGUCAGGAACACUGCUUUUGGACAAUGUGCGCGUGGACGCUGUACCAAACGUGGUUGUUGAUACCUCAGGGCAAGCGCUAUUGACCUCAUCUGGUCAACAGACAAUUCCAUCAUGGGGAAGGGGUUCCUUCUACCAAGACGAUUCUGGUGUCAACACAUUUGCUGCAGAUUAUCUCCCUAAUAUUGUCAAGGAUCCUUCUCUGCUUGAUGCUCAAGGAAAAUUCUUUGCGAAAUCCAGACCACAAUAUGAAACUUUACCCGCCGAUGAGUUUGCUUCUGUAAAGGCCGGAGGAGCUCAAGGUGAUGGCAACACUGAUGACUCUGACGCCAUCCAAGCUGUUAUCAAUGCCAAUGUCAACGGGAAAGUUGUGUACUUCCCAGCUGGAUCUUACGUUAUCGGAAAGACCGUCAACAUUCCACCUGGCACGAGAAUUAUUGGAGAAACUUGGUCAGUAUUGAUGGCUGGUGGGGCCGCCUUCCAGGAUGCCAAUAAUCCUCAACCCAUGUUCAAAGUUGGAGAACCUGGUCAAACAGGGUCUGUGGAAAUUACCGAUCUUUUCUUUGCAUCGAAGGGUGCUCAACCGGGUGCCAUUCUUGUACAAUGGAACAUUGCUCAAUCUUCUCAAGGUAGUGCAGCAAUGUGGGAUUCGCAUUUCAGGGUGGGAGGUUUUCAAGGUUCCGAACUUCAAGUUGCACAAUGUCCCAGAGGUCAGGGAGCUGUCCCCCAGUGUAACGGGGUCCACACGCUACUUCAAGUCGCUGCAACUGGAUCUGGCUUAUUUGAAAAUGUUUGGGCCUGGACGGCAGAUCAUGACUUGGACAAUCAGCUUGCACAGGGACAAAUUUCUAUUUACACUGGAAGGGGUGUGUUAAUCGAAUCCACUACCGGACCUGUUUGGUUGUAUGGAACACAAUCGGAACAUAACGUGUUUCACCAGUACCAACUCAACAAUGCCAGAAACGUGUUCAUGACUAUGAUUCAGUCCGAGACGCCAUACUGGCAGCCUGGUCCACCUGCACCAUCACCUUACACUCCAAACCCAACAUUUGACGACCCUUCGUAUGCACAUUGCGCUCCAGGUGACGUUCGAUGCCCCAUGAGCUAUGCAAUUAGGGCCCGUAAUUGUCAAAAUGUCUAUGUCUAUGGCGCUGGGAUGUACAACUUCUUCAACAACUACGACCAAACCUGUCUCAAUACAGAAGAUUGUCAGAGUUCCAUGGUCGACUUGGACAACAACAGUGGCUUCCAUAUGUACAAUAUUAACACGAAAGCUGCAGUGAACAUGGUGACUGAAAAUAAUGGACGCGCAUUAGCAAGGGGGGCUGACAAUAUUAAUGGUUUCUGCCAGACUGUUAAUGCCUUCUUAACCCAAGCCUAAAUGCUGUACAACCAAUUAAAUUUGAGCAAUAAUUUGUAAAUACGAUGGAGAAAUUUUGAUCCUGUACUAUUUGAAUAAAAGCUAUACCACGGA